UCGCGGGAGAAAGGGGAGCACAAGCCGCGGACGUCGGAGAGAGAAGACUAUAAAGCCACCGUCGCCUCCGAAAAAGCCGACUCCGCCGCGAGAGCUGACCCGAAAGAAUGGAUGCUAAGGGUUCAUUCCUCACCAUUUUCUCCUUGGUGCUUUUCCUCUGCUACCAGCAUUCGGCGGCUCACCCCGUCCACAGCCUCAGCCCAGCCGAGGAGCUGGCCGAUAUGGAGGCUCUUCUGGAGAGGUUGGAGGAAAAGGUGGCCUUGAUGGAGGACUUACAGAGCAACCCCGACGAAUUCGAAAUCCAGGGGGAGAGCCGGGCGGAAGACGACAUCAACGAUCAGCCCGCGGCCGACGCUUUUCCCGUCUUUUCCGACAGAACUUCCCUGCUCAAACACAUGAGGGGGAUUCAGGCUGCCAAGAGCAUGCGAGAAUCCGGCUGCUUUGGCAGAAGAUUGGACCGGAUCGGAUCCGUCAGCGGAAUGGGAUGCAAAGGGUCAAGAAGAAACUAAGAUCAGCUCCUUUCCCGUGGUGUGUGGAUUUCUGAAGAUUUUUCUGAUCUGGGAGCGCUGGAAGAGAGCGCGCUCUGCCUAUUUAUUUAUUUAUUAACUUAUUUAUUUACCUGCCUUGGUUUGCUUUUUUUCCCUUCCCUUUUUCAAAGAAGAAAUUUUCUUAUUUUCAGCACGGAGAACUUAACCUGAAAUAAUAAUUAAAGCUACAAUAUCUUGCUCCA